CAGUGCGCGUGUCGGAUUCGGGAAGAGGUUCGCCCUUCACGUCUUUCGGAGACAGGCCUCGGCGGAGUCUGUAGCCGGAGCGAAUGGGCUGAAAAUCCGUAAACAAACACCCAACAUACGUUUCGAAUCCCAGUCAAAGGAUAUUGGAAGAGAACGUUUGCACUUUGGAAAGUCAACCCAAGCCUCAUGUCAAGACGUUCUCUUGAAUCUCAAGAUUUGCAGAUUGAAGGGAGAUAAUAACAGGCUCAGCUGGAAACUGGUGAAAGGCCGCUGUUGGAAGGGAUAGACCCAGCAGGGAAACAUGCUGACACGCCAGCGAGCUCGCAAAAGCGAGAGACUGUUUACUUGCUCUGUGUGUGGGAAGAGCUUUAGUUGUUCGUCCAACCUACGGGCACACCAACUUGAUCACAUUGAGAGGCAUCUUCAACGCUCUGACCCUGGGGACAUCUUUGAAUCCUCUAAGGAAAUAGUGAAAAAUCACAUUGAUGAGAGGCCGUACAGUUGCUCCCACUGUGGAAAGAGGUUUAGUCUGUUGUCCUGUCUCGGGGAGCACCAGCUCCUUCACAUUCAUGAGAGACCGUUCAGCUGCUCUCACUGUCGGGAGGUUUUCACUGGGCCAGAGGAUCUCGCUGAGCAUCAGCAAGUUCACACCAAGGACAGGCCAUUCAGCUGCUCCCACUGUGGGAAGAGAUUCACUCAGGCCUCCCAUUGCAUUAAUCACCAACUGGUUCACUCUGCUAAAAGACCUUUUAAAUGUUCUAAAUGUCAAAAGACAUUUAAAAGAAAGAUUCAUCUCUUGAACCAUCAGACCACACAUGUCAAGGAAAGAUUGUUUUUCUGUUCUGUGUGUGACAAGAGAUUCACUCAUCCAUUCCACCUCCUGACACACAAACGGAUUCACACUGGGGAGAGGCCAUUCAGUUGCUCUGCAUGUGGGAAGAGAUUCAAUCGGGCAUCUGACCUUUCAACACACAAGCGUGUUCACACUGGGGAGAAACCAUUUUCAUGCUGUGUGUGUGGGAAGAGAUUCACUCGUUCAACCUACCUUCUGAUGCACAAACGUAUUCACACAGGAGAGAGGCCGUUUUCUUGCUCUGUGUGUGGGAAAAGAUUCAGUCAGUCAUCUAUUCUGCUGACACACCAGCGGGUUCACACUGGGGAGAGGCCAUUCAUCUGCUCUGUGUGUGGGAAGAGUUUCCCUCGGAUGUGUCACCUUUUGGUUCACAAACGUGUUCACACUGGGGAGAAACCUUACAUUUGUGGUGUGUGCGGUAAGGGUUUUGCUCGUUUCCACCAUCUGCAGAAACACCGUCUUAUUCACACCAGGGAGAUGGUGUUCACCUGCACCACAUGUGGGAAGGGAUUCACUUUGUUGUCUAGAUUGCAGAGACACCAACGUAUUCACGUUGGGGAGAGGCCGUUCACCUGCCCCGAGUGUGGAAAGAAAUUUGCUCAGUCACACAAUCUGGUGAGACACCAGCAGGUUCACAAGACGCUCAUCUGCCCUGUGUGUGGGAAGAAUUUCACUCAGUCAUCUAAGCUCGAAGCACACCAGCGAGUUCACACCGGGGAGAAGCCAUUUCUCUGUGCCGUGUGUGGGAAGCGGUUCCCUCGUUUGCCCUACCUUAAGAUACAUGAGCGAAUUCACACUGGGGAGAGGCCGUACAUCUGUCCUGUGUGUGGUCAGGGAUUUGUUUAUUCAUCCCACCUUGUGAGACACCAACGUAGUCACAGUGGGGAGAGGCCGUUUAAAUGCUCUGUGUGUGGGAAGGGAUUCACUGAUCCAUCCCACCUGCAGAGACACUACAGAGUUCAUGCCAGGGAGAGGCAGCUCACCUGCUCUUUGUGCAAACAGAGAUUUAGCCGGCCAUCCAGCCUCCUGAAACACCAGCAAAUUCACGUGUUUGAGGCAGAGCUAGAUUCUGUUCUUGCUGCUGUGAGACAGAUCAAAGGAGGUGUUAGCUGAGUGGUAUUAUUGCUUGACUUUUAAUCCAGAAGCCAAUAGUGCUCUCGGGAGCCAAGUUCAAAUCCUGCCAUGGCAGAUGGUGGAGUUUGAACUCAACAAAAAUCAGGAAUGAGGAGUCUAAUGAAGACGACUAAAUCAUUGCCAAUUGUUGAAAAACCCAACUGGUUCACUAAUGAUCCUUUAAGGAAGGAAACUAACAUCCUUACCUGGUCUGGCCUACAUAUGACUGCAGCUCCACAGCAAAUGGCUGACUCUUAACUGCCCUCUGGACAUUUAGUUAUGAUAAUAAAUGCUGGCUGGUGAUGCCCAUAUCCCAUGACUGAAGAUUUUUUCCUUUUGAAUCUAGAUUAUUUUAGUUCUUGUCCCUUUAAUUAUUCUCACCAACAGGUUCGAGCUCCUGACACCUCUUAGGGGUGUCUCUUGUAACAUUAAUAUCCAGAGAAUAUAAAGUAAAUGCUUCCAUGGAUCACCCCCAGCCUAUACCUCAUAUCAUCUACUGGACGUCAUGUAUGCCUCACAGUAUCUCUGCACCUUGAAUGUGUGACUAGAACACCACACCUGCAAACCUGGUUUCAAUGUACAUCCAGUCAGUGUACUGAACGGAGACCUGCAGGCUGCUGAUAGUGUUAAGCAGCCAGUUUGUUCCUGAUCUACUCUGCUGCUUGUAAUUUUGAAAUUUGUCUGAAUGUAACCUUGCUGUUCUGAAAUGUGGAUAUGCAUUAAUGAGGCUCGCAUCCUAUGUCGAGUGUUGUAAAACUGCAGAGUAGUGAAAUUAUCUCCAACCUGUUUCGAACUUUGUUUAGACCAGACUUAGAGCACUACUUACAGUUAUGGAGGUUAUAUAAUGAAAAUGUUAAUCGAGGCACUCAAGGGAAUGCAGAGAAGUUUGAGAAGGAUGAUGCCAGACAUGUGCAUUCGCAGAUCAGAAAAUAAUUAAAGAGCUAACCCUAAGUCUCCUGACAAAACAAGACUGAAGUGGUGACCUAAUAAAGGUCUUUAAAAUAAUAAACGGUUUUGUUAGAAAGAAAGUAGAGAGAAUCUUUCUCCUUGUGAGGGAGGCAAUAACGAGAGGCCAUCAAUACAAGAUAAUCACUGAAGAAAUCCCAGAAGAAAAUUCAGAGGUAGUUUUUCUCUCCAAGUGGGGAGAAUGUGAAGCUUGCUGUCAUAGUGUGGUUGAAGUGAAUAGUAUGAUGUGUUUAAGGAGAAGCUGGACAAGCACAAGAGGAGGAAACAGCAUAGGGAGGUAUAAUGGUAUCUUUAGAUAAGGAAAGAUGGAGAAUCAAGUAGAAUGUGUACACAGGAUGAAUUGGUUGGGCCAAAUGUCCAAUUCUGUGCUACCUGUAUUAUGUAAUUGUGUGUAAUUGAACUCUGAAUGCAAACAAUAUUAUUUCUGCUUGUGUUUGGAGGCUUCAUGACAUUAAGCUGAAGCCCAAAACCAAAUGCCAUCAGGACAUUGCACCAGACAGCAGAGUGGGGAGGGCAGAGUCUUGGGUCUGAUAAAGGACCACAUCAAAGCUUGAGAACAUUUCCUCAAAAGAUGGCUGAGAACUAUUGGGAUGGCAGGAGAAAAAAAAAAAAUCACAGUGAGGUUUUCCCUAGUGCUGGGUUCAACAGCAUGAAAACCACUCUCCAGGAAAUCUAACUAAAGCAGAUCAUGUCACCUAUAUGGCUGAUUACAGAAUCCCUCAGAAGUCCCAGAGAUGUACAGCACGGAAACAGACCCUUCCGUCCACUCAUCCAUUCUGGCCAGAUAUCCUAAAUUAAACUAGCACCAUUUGCCAGCACUUGGCCAAUAUCCCUCUAAACACUUCCUAUUUGUAACUCAUCCUCAUGCCUUUUAAAUGUUGUAAUUGUCCCAGCUCCUUGAGUCCCUUUUAACUUUUUGUCAUCUCCUCCUAAACCUAUCUUUUUAGCUCUGAACUCUUCCACCCCAGAUAAAGACCUUGUCUAUUUAUCCUAUCCGUGCCCCUUAUGAUUUUAUAAGCCUGUGUAAGGUCACCCUUCCGCCUCCAACGCUGCAGGGCAAGCAGCCCUAGCCUAUUCAGCCUUUCCCGAAAGCUCAAACCCUCCAACCCUGGCAAUAUCCUUGUAAAUCUUUUCUGAACCCUUUCAAGUUUCACAACAACCUUUCCUAUAGAAGGGAGACUAGAAUUGCACACAGUAUUCCAAAAGUGGCAUGAUCAACAUCCUGUACAGCAGCAACAUGUCUUCCCAACCCCUAGACCCAAUGCUCUGACAAAUAAAGGCAAGCAUACCAAGUGCCCAUCUUCACUAACUGUGACUAUGAACCUGCACUCCAAGCUCUUUGUUCAGCAACAAACUUCUUGCCUUUCCAAACUGCAUGGAAACAGACCCUUUGUUCCAACCGAUCCAUGCCAGCUAUAAUCCUAAACUAAACUAGUCCCAACUGCCUGCACUUGGUCCAGAUUCCUCCAAACUUUUCUUAGUCUUGUACUUAUCCGAAUGACUUCUUAAAAAUUGUAACUGUACCUGCAAGCACCACUUCCUCUGGAAGUUCAAUCCACACACAACACUCUGUGUAAAAAUGUUGGCCCUCGUGUCUUUUUUUAAAUCUUCCUCCUCUCCCCUUAAACAUAUGCCCAUAGUUUUGAAAUCCCCCACCCUGUCAUUCAAUGGGCAACAGUAUCAGAAUAAAACAACAGCAGGGAGAUUCAUACAAACCACACAACACUGCAGAAAUUCCUCUAGUACCAAUGACAACUACAUGAUGCAUCAGUUCUGUGGAUGUUUAGGCUAAUCUCACAUCAUAUGCUUCAGGUAUGAGAGCAGCCACAGAAGAUGAUUAAAUAAUUUAUGGCUUGAAUGUAUGCCCCACAAUGGGCUGUCCACCUCAAUUUUUAUCUCUGUUUCCAGGUGGGUUAGCUGUUAUACAUCUGGUGAGGGCACAGAAUUUACUGUUUGCCUUGUGCUUUGGGUGCUUAACUAUCUGUUUAUAUUACUGAAUUGCUAUUAAUAAAGUCAGUAGACGACAA